GAGAAAAAACGGCAUGAAGGCAGCAAGAUAAUCAGUGCGGCACAGGAGGGAAUUGGUGGAACUAGCGCAGAGAUCGAUUGCUUCUGUUUGAUUCCAGUAAAGAUGGAUGCCUGUCGAAAUAGGUUGUGAGUGUGUUCAGCGACUCUCUGCUCAGUGUCCAGGUUUGGCCAAUGCUUGCUGCGCUACAGCAUGACCACAGCAACGUCUGCUCAUCUGGUGGAUCUGGCAAAUGAAAAUGGAGGAGCUUUCGGUGUCCAGCCUGGACAACAGCAAGCUGGAGGCCCUGGCUCAGGACAUCCUGUCUGACCUGGUGGAGGAUGCAUGCCUGGGUCUUUGCUUUGAGGUCCACCGGGCUGUGAAACAGGGCUAUUUCUUCCUGGAUGACACGGACCAAGAAAGCAUGAGGGACUUUGAAAUUGUGGACCAGCCUGGCCUGGAUGUGUUUGGCCAAGUGUACAACCAGUGGAAAAACAAGGAGUGCGUUUGUCCCAACUGCAGCCGGAGCAUCGCUGCCUCCCGCUUCGCCCCACACCUGGAGAAAUGUCUCGGGAUGGGACGCAACAGCAGCCGCAUAGCAAAUCGCAGAAUAGUUACUGGUAACAACACCAAUAACAAAUCAGAGAGUGACCAAGAAGAUAAUGACGAUGUCAAUGAUAACGACUGGUCCUACGGAGCAGAAAAGAAAGCAAAGAAAAGAAAGUCAGACAAGAAUCCAAAUUCACCAAGAAGAUCCAAAUCAUUUAAGCAUAAAAGCAGUACAGCAAGUAAGACCAAUCAAGACAAUGAAGCUCAUGCAACGCCCAAAGACUCGUACAUUGCCUCUUCAAGGCCUGUGGGCAUGAUGGGUCCUAGACGUCGUAUAGAGAACCAGGAGAGUCCCCGCAUGCUGAUGAAAGACGAGGCUUUCUCACAGUAAUGCACUUGGCCGCAAACACACCUUGAACUGUGUAGAUGAACGCGCACAGGCAGAGAAAACAAGGGAAAGGAGGAGCGCCUCAGCUUCGGUUCCUAAAGUCGAGCCAGCUGACAUUGAGCUUAUCGGUGACAUUUGUGGUGUUUGCUGCUCUGCAGGAGCAAUCCUGAACUCUCAAAUUGUUCUUAAUGGAUCUGUUUUAGUUUUAAUCACAGAAUCAUUGAACCAAACAAUGUUUUCCCUUUUUUUUUUUUUUUAUAGUGAGUAUCGUGUAUAAUUUCUCUGCACACCUUAAGAAUCAAGGAACGAUUCAUUGGCUGAGUGCAGACAGUUGUAUUUAGUGCAAAUAUCUGCACACAUUGUUUUUUUUUUAAGAAAGAAAAGAUCAGGCUAUAGGUGAGCUGAAAUCUCUUUUGUUUUUUUUAAGAAAAUUUGAUUAUUUAAGAGUUGGUGUCAAAGACAAUCAUUGAAAAUGGUUUGUCUUUUGUUUUCCCAUUCUUCAUCAGGGGUUGUAGAUUUUCAGUUCACAAUGUGAGCAGCUCUGUUUUUGCUCACCUGAGGAAAAUGGUUUAGAAAUGUCCAGUAAAUGAACAUCUAAUUUUGGAAGCAGGCAGGUUGCCCUCAGGAAGCAGGUUUCUUUUGGUUUGUCUUUUAGUGGAUAGACUCUGCUUGUUUUUUUAGCAUUCAAAUAUGUCUCUGUAUUAUGUUUACAUUGUAAAGGGUCACAUAUGUCCUUGGUGUGAUGUGAUAGUGUAAAUAUUCUAAUAGUCCUAUUGCUGCUGUCAUGGCUCAGUUUGUUUUCAUCUGUCUAGCAUAAUAAAUGAUUUGUAACCUGUCA